GUCCAAUGGCUGCUAAUUCUAUCUUCUUCAAAUCACAUUUUAUCUUUUCUUGACCGAACAACAGACACGGAUUGAGAUAGGCAGAGGCAGGUUUCAAGAAUUUAUAGUGAAAAAUGGUGGCUACAGCUACAAUCACAGGGAUAGGGACAGCUGGAUUAUUCGGGUUAUCAUGUAGUAACACUCAAAGAAGAAAUCUGUCGUCAAGAUGUGUCAAAAUGACGGUCUCCGUUGAGGAAGAAAAGAAGAAUUUCACUCUCAAGAAAUCCCAAGAAGCUUUCAAUAUCGCCAAGGAGCUGAUGCCGGGAGGUGUGAAUUCACCGGUGAGGGCAUUUAAGUCAGUGGGUGGACAGCCUAUUGUUAUGGAUUCUGUAAAGGGUUCUCACAUGUGGGACAUUGAUGGCAAUGAGUAUGUUGAUUAUGUUGGUUCUUGGGGUCCUGCCAUUAUUGGUCAUGCUGAUGAUCAGGUACUUGCAGCCUUGGCUGAAACAAUGAAGAAAGGGACAAGCUUUGGUGCGCCUUGUCUUCUAGAGAAUGAACUAGCAAAGAUGGUGAUAAAAGCAGUUCCUUGCAUUGAAAUGGUUCGAUUUGUCAAUUCUGGAACAGAGGCUUGUAUGGGUGUUCUUCGUCUAGCUCGUGCCUUUACUGGGCGGGAGAAGCUUAUCAAAUUUGAGGGUUGUUAUCACGGUCAUGCCGAUCCUUUCCUUGUCAAGGCAGGAAGUGGUGUUGCAACACUAGGACUCCCCGACUCCCCUGGCGUACCAAAAGCAGCAACCUUUGAAACUUUAACAGCCCCCUUCAAUGACAUAGCUGCUGUCGAAAAACUUUUUGAGGCUAACAAAGGAGAGAUUUCAGCUGUAAUUCUUGAACCCGUUGUAGGAAAUUCCGGUUUCAUCCCACCUAAACCAGAGUUCCUUAAUGCUAUCCGCAGGAUCACCAAAGAAAAUGACGCUCUUCUAAUCUUUGAUGAAGUUAUGACUGGAUUCCGUUUGUCAUACGGUGGAGCUCAGGAGUAUUUUGGCAUAACUCCCGACCUAACAACACUGGGGAAGAUCAUUGGUGGUGGUUUACCAGUUGGUGCAUAUGGAGGAAGGAGGGAGAUCAUGGAAAUGGUUGCACCAGCGGGACCAAUGUACCAGGCCGGGACCUUGAGCGGAAACCCACUGGCAAUGACAGCUGGGAUUCACACUCUGAAGCGGUUGCAGGAGCCAGGAAGUUACGAGUAUUUGGAUAAGAUCACAGGCGAACUUGUCCAGGGCAUACUGGAUGCUGGCAAGAGGGCUGGACAUUCUAUGUGUGGUGGGCAUAUAAGAGGGAUGUUCGGAUUUUUCUUCACGGAAGGACCUGUUUACGACUUUUCUGAUGCAAAGAAAAGUGAUGGUGCAAAAUUUGCCAGGUUCUUUCAAGGAAUGCUGGAGGAAGGUGUAUAUUUUGCUCCGUCGCAAUUUGAGGCUGGGUUCACUAGCUUGGCACAUACAGCUGAAGAUAUUCAACAUACGAUAAAUGCAGCUGAGAAAGUUUUCCGCAAGAUUUAGAGAGUAGAUCUUUUUGUACUACGAGCCGAUCAAAAUAACCCCUUUUGUCAAUGUGAGCCCUCAUUUGUAUUGAUAUGUCUGAAGACACAUAGCAAUUCGAUUUUUAUCAGUUUUAUUCAGUGAGUAACCUGUUGAAGUUUGAGUGUAUUAUUUCAGUUUAGGUUUGUGUUAAUUAAAUCUUCACAAUCUCACCUCAGCAGGUGUGUUUAUAAAUUCCUAGUUAUUAUUAUUAUUA